AUGGGCAUGUGCGUGUCCAUGUCCACCGUGGUCGGUUACCUGUACGCUUGCGUGUCCUCCCCGCCGGCCACCGACUUGCUGAUCGUGCCGUUCCUGUUCUACGUGUUCUUCGCCACGUUCGCUGUGCUGCCGUUACCGUGGAGCGCGUGCUGUGUGAUGUUCCCGAUGGAUGUCAAGGAUGUACUCGUGAUGUACUCGUGCGGUUACGAGCUCAUGUUCGGCGCGUUCAUCCUGCCCGAGACCACUGGCAAGACGCUAAACGAGAUUACCGACGGGUUCAGGUCGUCCAGCGACAAGGGCCGCAAGAAGAUAGUCAAGCCUCAAAUACCUCAGACCCAACCCCUUUGCAGCUCCACAGCCGGUUUUUAA